CAUGUGCAUAGUCUGAAAUAUUCUUAUUUGCUUAUAUAUAAGUUGUUUUUGUGUAUUUGUAGGCGAUUGAUAUAAUUAUGGAGGAAUAUGCACGUGAACCAUGUCCAUAUCGGAUUGUUGAUGAUUGUGGUGGUGCUUUUGCCAUGGGCUGCAUAGGAGGUGGUGUUUUCCAAGCAAUUAAAGGUUUUAGAAACGCUCCAUCUGGAAUAAACAGACGAAUGAUCGGAAGUAUAGCUGCAAUAAAAUUGCGCUCACCCGUAAUAGCUGGAAAUUUUGCUGUUUGGGGAGGAAUGUUCAGUACAAUCGACUGCACAUUGGUUCAUUUUCGAAAAAAGGAAGAUCCAUGGAAUUCAAUUAUAAGUGGAGCUGCAACGGGAGGAAUUUUAGCGGCGCGAAACGGUAUUCCUGCAAUGGCUGGAAGUGCAAUCAUAGGAGGAGUGUUGUUAGCUCUCAUCGAAGGUGUUGGCAUACUAUUUACAAGAAUAUCAGCUGAACAAUUUAAAAAUCCAUCCCCGCCAACCGAAGACCCAGCUGUUUUGGGUGAUUCUGUAAAUAAUUUCGGGUUUGGUACAUCUAACAAUAAACAAUAUCAAUAAAUGAUGUUCUUCCUUAUUUAAGAAUAACUUAAUUUGUAUGAACAAUAAAACCUAAA